CUUUGUUUCUCCUACACAAGCUGUGUUUACUUACGUUCGAAUACACCAAGAAAGAUAAAAAUUUUUUAUACCGUGGCGAAUUCCUAGGUCUCUACACUGAGGAUGGCUACAAUUGUUAACCAGAUUGAGGAACUUGAAAAUGAUAUAAAAGGUUGUGAAGAUGAACUGGACAUGAUUGAUAGAAGACUUCGCUUAAAGAAAUUGUCAGAUAGUGAAAGAGAUGGGUUGAUAGACAGACAAGAGCAGGUACAGGAGAAACUUAAAGAACACGAGAAAUCUUUGGGAACUCUACGAAAAGAAAACAGAAAGUCCAUGGCUGUGUCUGUAGCAAUUCUAGGACUUUUGUUUUUGGGAUAUCUGUUUUUUUUUAGCUGAUUGUAAUUUUGUCUUUGAUAGUAUUAUUGUACAGAGAUCUCUAAAUAAAAACAAUUGAAAAACACCAUUUGGUGUAAAAAUCA